AUGGGCAAUCCCCUCGGCAUCUCGUCCGGUGAUCUACAUCACUCCGCUUCACAUUCAACCUACCUAGCACCCUCCCUUCCCUCUGUCGCUGCAGACGCAUCCACUCUAGCUGCAUCACAACCACCGCAUCAACAACACCGCCAAUCCCCCUCUCCCAACCCAAACUUCCAUCAAAACCACCACCAGCAAACCAAGUAUCUCCAGCCCUUCGUUCCAGCAGGCGAUUUACCCAUCUCCCCCGGACCCUCCACCUCCACCUCCACUCAGCUCCCCCAACCACAAUCCCAACUCCACACGCAAUGCCAGCCCCUCAACAUCCGCACCAUCCUCAACCCUCCCGACCUCGACCUCUGGCGCACGCGCCUCUUCAACAUCGAUGAAAUGAUCGUUCUUAGUGAGGAACAAUUCCUAACUUACUUCCCGCACAUCGACAACGUCUACUCCCAUCGCUCGACGCAGCACUACAAGCGCAAGCCCCUCGUCUCGCACUACUGGGACUGCCGGCUCAAAGGCCGCCCGCCGGGCACGCCCAAGUCCACCGACCCCAACAAGAAGAAGCGGAAGCGCACGGCCCGCGAGCGGGAUCUGUGCGAUGUCAAGAUUAAGAUCACGGAAUAUUUUCCUUGGUCAGGUCAUCCGGGAUUGCAGGGGCAGCGGUUCUUUACUAUCCAGAGGGUGAAUGGGAACGGGGGGAAUGGGAAGAAUGAUGGGGUUACUGGGGGGCAUCGGCAUACGCUGGAAGAGAGUGAUCGCGUGAAGAAGAAUAGUGUGCAGCGGUUUCUCUUGAAGGAGGCGAGGCAAGAGAGGAAGAAGGCGGUCCCGAAAUCGUACCACACCGAAGCUACCGGACUCGCGGCCAAGACUGUUGCCGAUCACUCUGAAGACAACGAUCUGAAGUUGUUUGGCAGUUGCUUUUGUCCCUUUGUCCAACGCGUAUGGGUCGCUCUGCAGUUUAAGGGCAUUCCGUACCAGUAUAUCGAAGUUGACCCUUACAAGAAGCCCCAAUCCCUGCUUGAAGUCAACCCUAGGGGCCUGGUUCCUGCCUUGCGCCACGGGGACUGGAGUUCGCAUGAGAGCACCGUGUUGCUCGAAUACUUGGAAGACUUGAACGCCGGCCCUCCGCUCCUGCCCCCAGGGGACCCAAAAUUGCGAGCGCAUUGUCGACUGUGGGCUGAUUAUGUAAAUCGCCACAUUGUGCCCACGUUCUACCGCGUUCUCCAAGAACAGGAACAGGAGAAACAGAUCUCGCACGCAGAAGAACUCCGUGACUCGUUCAACACUCUGGUUGGCGCGGCUCAUACCGAAGGGCCGUUCUUUCUGGGCGACAAACUUUCCUUCGUCGACGUACAGGUUGCUCCUUGGAUCAUCCGGCUCCGACGGGUGCUGAAGCCGUAUCGCGGCUGGCCAGACCCGGAAGCUGGUAGCAGAUGGGGUGCGUGGGUAGAUGCGAUCGAGAACGAUCCCAACGUUGCGGCGACCACGAGCGAUGAUGGACUUUAUCUGGAUAGCUAUGAGCGAUACGCGGAAAACCGGCCCAACACAUCGCAGUUGGCCAACGCGAUAAAUUCUGGGCGAGGGCUCCCGUAG